AUGGUUGGUCUCAAGUUCCUGUCUUUGGCCACCGCCACCAUUUUCUUGCUGGACACCAACGGAGCAAACGCAGCUGCAGAUGCAGGCAACGCCUACACGGCAAAGCGGGUGGACUGCUCGGCGGCAAUGAACGAGGCCCGCAAACUUGUCGGCUUCGCCGAAUUCACAGAGGGAGAGGCUACACAGGAAAAGCUCCCAAUAGACCCGGUUUCCAAAACAGCGGGGGCAACCGGGGCGACGUACAUCGAGUCCGUCUGCACGGCGUUGAAAGCUAGCGAAGCUUCUCCUGCAAAGUCAGGCGCGCUUGAUGGCACCUACGCUUACGCUGUUCAAGAAGGAACCGAUGCUGACUGCGAAGCCGCAGUGGACCACUGGAAGGCUGCCCUGUCCAACUUCAAGGGCCUACCUCCGCAAUACACAGGAGACACAGAGCUGUACAAAGACCCCCAAAAUGUUUCUUUCAUUUCCCUUUUCAACCCUAAGGAAAGCCCGAAAGUGGACUGCGCAUACUUCACAUGCCCAGCAAAGGAGAGCAAACCCGAGCGGAAAGACACCGGUGUUGUUGGGGACCCAGAGAACGACGGUGUGGAAAAGCCCCCACUAGACGACGGCAAUGGGGAUGAGGAAGAGCCAGGUGCGGGAGAAGGGGAUGAAACCACAACAGACAAAGAGGUGAAGGCGCUUCUUUGCAUCACCACCCCCAAUGCCCUGACACAAGGCGCCGCCCCAUACACGCAAGCCCAGUGGGAUCAGAUCACUGCUGGACUCAACAAAAACGCUGCACAUGCAUUGCCAAUGUCCCUUGGCUUUGCUGUUGCCGCAGUUGGCGUUCUCCUCCUGUAA